AUGAGCGAUACAGAUUCAACAAAACAUCAUCAUAUCCGAUGGGCGCCUUUAAGAGGCAUCCCGCUUGAAAGGCGACUUCAAACAGCAGCUGUUUGUGCUUGGAUUAUGCUUUUCUUUGGCUCUUGGCUUCUCUUUAUCUAUUUAUUGACCCAUGUUGUCCUUUGGCCGGUCAUCAUUGCCUACGUUACAUUUAUAUAUUUUGAUAAAGCUCCUGAACAUGGCGGAAGACGAUUUGAAAGUGCGCGUUAUUGGAGGCUUUGGAAGUAUUUUGCAGAUUACUUCCCUGUCAAACUAAUCAAGGAAGCAGACUUGGAUCCUUCAAAAAAUUACGUACUUGGAUAUCACCCACACGGCAUUAUCUCAAUGGGUGCAUUUUCAAAUUUUGCUACAGAAGCUACCGGAUUUUCCAAAUUAUUCCCAGGUAUUAAACCUUCUCUCCUCACACUCACCCAAAACUUCCGUAUUCCCUUUUAUCGUGACCUUAUCAUGUCACUCGGCAUGGCUGCCGUAUCUCGCCGAUCCUGCGAGAACAUUCUAUCUUCUGAACCUGGUCGAUCCAUUAUCAUUGUUGUCGGUGGUGCAGCAGAGUCAUUGAAUGCUCGUCCAGGCGUAAAUGACCUUGUGCUAAAGAAGCGGCUUGGUUUCAUUCGCAUUGCAAUCAAACAUGGCGCUCCCUUGGUUCCUGUGUUUUCAUUUGGUGAAAAUGACUUGUAUGAGCAGGUACACAAUGAAAAGGGUAGUAAACUAUUUGCUUUCCAAAAGAAGUUUCAGGCUAUUGUCGGUUGGACCAUGCCUCUGAUUCAUGCAAGAGGUGUCUUUAACUAUGAUGUUGGUAUUGUACCUUUUAGACACCAAGUUGCUACAGUUGUGGGUAAACCUAUUCCUGUUCCUCCAUUGGAAGAAGGACAAACUGAGCCAACACAAGAACAAUUAUUGGCCGUUCAAAAGUUAUAUAUUGAUGAACUUCAGCGCAUAUAUGAUAAAUACAAGGAUGAAUAUGCUGCAGAUCGUAAACAAGAGCUUCGUAUUGUUGAUUAA